AUGGGUAGCAAGCAGCUCGACAAACCGAAGGAUCAUCUUCACUCGCAGGUUAGAUACAAGCACGGCGAAAAAAAAAAGAGUCCAACGGGAUUGCUCCUCGCACGCUCGGGCGCUUCAACAAGAAGCUUGUGUCCCUCGUGGCCCAGGGUUGUCGAUCUCGGGAUAAAAAGGUUCACGGGCGCAUCCCAAGUCUUUGGAUAA